CCAGGAAAAAUGAUGAACCUUGUGACGUUGGGCCUUCUCCUCUCCUCCCUCGCCGCUGCCGGCGUCUGGUCGCCUCACCACGAACCCAAGCCCAGCCAUCACCAGCAGCGCCACCCCGCCGAUGACCACGUCCUCCGAGAAGGCCAUCGCGUCGUCGUCGUGGAGUAUGAGCGCCAAGUCCCUCCUGACUUCGCUGAACAGGUUCUUCACCCUGCCGCCACCCACCGGCUCAUCGAAGAAGCCAAGGAUAAGAUUCAGGAAGCCGCUUCGGUCCUCCCUAACCUCGGCCAAGGUGUCUCGACACCCCCUGCGCGGCCGGAUGAAGCGCAAGCAGCCGGUUCCGCGAAGAGCAUGAUAUGUGAUGCCUAUGGCGUGUGCAAGGAGAAGGUCGCUGCUCUCAUCGGUAAAAGUAAGGAGAAAACGACCGAGAUCGAGGAUAUCUCGAAAGAUGCCGUUAAGAAGGCAGGCGAGAAACCUAGCCAGCUGAAGGAAGGCGCGAAGGGCGCUGCGAGGGACGCUGAAGAGAGAGCAUCGCAACUCAAGGAGAGUGCAAAGGAUACUGUCAAGGACACUAUAGACGCUGCCAAAGAGAAGGCUUCCAUGGCGAGGGACAAAGUGGAGAGCACCAUAGACAAAGCUUCACAGAUCAAGGAGGAUACCAAGGAUGCCAUGGAGAAGGUAGUGGAGUCCGCGAAAGAAACAGGGCAGGAUAUAGCUCGAAACAUCUCGGGUAUCGCAAAGAGGGCAGAGCACAAAGCCGAGAAGAAGGCAAGAGAAACACGAGGCAACCUAACAGACAUAAUUAGACGAGCAAAAGAAGUGGCCUUUGACGCCGUAGUUUAUGUUUGGGCGCCGGAGACUGGGCAGGCUGUGGCCGCGAUACUGCACCUUCUUGGCUUCGCGACCGCGUACGGGGCCUCUGUGUGGGUGACAUUUGUGUCGGGCAACGUCUUGGCGACGGCGCUACCGAGGCAGCAGUUCGGGUUGGUACAGAGCAAGCUGUAUCCGGUGUACUUCCGACUGGUGGCAUACAGCACCGCCCUUACUCUUGUAGCGCAUUUCUUCGGUCGUGACCGGAGAAUUCUGGCUGAAAGAGUGCAGGGCUACAACUUGUUCGGUGCUCUGGUGCUGGUCCUGAUUAAUAUGUUCUUCCUGGAGCCUAAAGCUACAAAGGUUAUGUUCGAGAGAAUGAAGAUAGAGAAAGAAGAAGGGAGGGGGAGGGACAUGGCAGAUGUGAUGGCGGAGCCACCGGUGAUGGCAUCGGCCCCAGUUGGGACGACGACGACAGCAACGAAGACGGCGAGGGCGACGUCAGCGUCGGUGGAGCAGGACGGGGUAAAGUGUGGAUUGGUGCAUCUAAACAGAAGGCUGAAGAAGCUCAACACCUACUCAUCCCUUCUCAAUUUACUAACGUUGAUGAGUCUCUCCUGGCACCUGGUGCACCUCGCACGGCAGUCGCAGGUGAGCUGUUGAUGCCGGGGUCUUUGUGAACUUUAAGUCUGAACAGUUCCUGAGCUAACAGAAGUACGGAGUACUCCAUACUGAAAAGCUUUCGGUGAUUGCGAAGAUGGUAGCCUUGUAACUACAGGAUUUCCCGUCUAUAUGAAUUAGAAGUAGUAGCUAA